CAAUCAGAGAGGUAGAGGGUGGGUUCCGGUCGCCCUGUCUACGUCGUGACGGAGCUCGCGUUCUCUCCUGCGACUGUUGUAGGCUUGCUACGGAGAUUUUUACUACCCUUGGAUGCCACUUCUAAUAUGGAGAAGAUUGAGGAACAGUUUGCUAAUCUGAACAUUGUUAAACGUUCCUUGAGAACUAAAGAGCCUACAUAUCUGCUUGGCAUAGACACAUCAAAGACAGUUCAAGCAGAAAAAGGCAGCUUGGCUGCUGUUUUAUGUUCUAAUGGAUCCAUCAGAAUAUAUGAUAAAGAAACAUUAAACAUACUACGAGAAUUUAGUGGAUAUCCUGGAAUUCUUAAUGGAGUCAAAUUUGCAAAUUCUCAUGACAGUGUAUAUUCAUCUUGUACUGAUGGCACCGUAAAAUGUUGGGAUGCUCGAUUAGCCAGUGAAAAACCUGUCCAACUGUUCAAAGGUUACCCUUCCAAUAUUUUUAUCAGUUUUGAUAUCAACUGUGAUGAUCAUGUCAUUUGCGCUGGCACAGAAAAAGUUGAUGAUGAUGCAUUGUUGGUAUUUUGGGAUGCAAGAAUUAAUUCUCAGGAUUUGUCUGCUACUAAAGAUCCACUUGGUGCAUAUUCAGAGACACAUAGUGAUGAUAUCACUCAAGUAUGUUUCCAUCCCAGCAAUCCCAACAUGGUAGUCUCAGGUUCAACUGAUGGCCUGGUAAAUGUAUUUGAUAUUAGUGUUGAUAAUGAAGAAGAUGCACUGGUCACAACUUGUAACUCUGUUUCCUCAGUAAGCCAUAUUGGUUGGUCUGGGAAAGAUUAUAAACAGAUUUACUGCAUGACACAUGAUGAAGGAUUUUGUUGGUGGGAUCUUAAUCAUCUAGAUACUGAUGAACCAAUUACAUGUUUAAACAUCCAGAAUGUCAGAGAAGAAAUUAAUAUGAAAGAAGGUACAUUAGACUAUUUGAUUGGCGGUCUGUAUCAUGAGAAGAUGGACAGACUGUUUAUAGUUGGAGGGACAAAAACAGGAGUCAUUCACUUGCUGAGCUGUAGUGCAACAGGCCUGGUCUACAUGUGCAGUCUCCAGGGAGGGCAUUCCGCAACCGUCCGUUCUUUCUGUUGGAAUGUGCAGGAUGAGUCUUUGCUAACCGGUGGAGAAGAUGAACAGUUGUUACUGUGGAAACCUGGAGCAGUGGAGAAGACACUUACAAAGAAAGGCAGCAUGAAAAUAGCAUCCUCUGUAUACCAGCGAGUUCGAGUUCAUGGUAAUGAUUCUUACAAGAAAAGGAAAAAGCAGUGAAAUUACAUUGGAGUUUACUCGAUAGGUUUUACAGUUAAAAAUAAUUAUUUUGGGGUGCUACCUGUGGUAGACAUGUUUAAAGCUUAUAGGUAAAAACAAGCCAAUUAGCAUAUGAUCCAGGGGAAAUUGUUGAGAAUGGUUUAAUUCAGGUCUUCAUGUAUUCUAAAAUUAUUUUUUUUUAAACUGCCAGUUGAGUAUAUAAUCAGUGAGUUGAAAGUAAAAUUAUAUUCCUCACUUUUAAAACCCAUCUGUUGAGUUAGUUAAUGUUGGGUUUAAAGAAAUAGCUUUGAUAAGGACUUUUUAGAAGUAGAUGGCUGGUGUGACUUAAAGAAGCAGGUGGUUUGAGCCAUGUUUUUUAAGCUCAGUUUUUUACAUGUUAAAUCAUCUUCACUAUUUAUAAAACCAAAUCAGACAGUUUUCUUCAUUUGAGGAACUCCUGUUGCUUCAUCCAUAGAUUACUUUUAAAUAUAAAGAUAAUGAGUCUAAAUAGAAUUAAACUUUUUAGAAAUAAAAUUAUUUGCAUCUACUUAAGAAAAAUAUAUUUAGUAAAUAUUUGCAUCUGUAAUACUGGUGGUUAAGCAGUAAACAGGUGUUUCACUGAUGAAAAGGAAAUGGUCUUGGAAAUUUCAUUUGGAGACUCAAAUAUUAAAAAAAGAAAAUAUAAUAGUGGAGUGAUUUUUUAUUUCAAAAUAUUCUAAUAUUGUGAUAAAAUUUUCUCCCAUGGCGUUUCAUCCAUAAUGUGAAACAUGAAGUUUUGUUUACUGCUGAUUUUUUCAUCCUUUUAAAAUAUUUCUCCAAAGACUCUUACUUAAAAAGUUGAUCUCUCUAAAAGUUUGGAAUCUUUUAUUUAAUUAGAACUGAAAAUAUCUUCUGAAUUAGAAAUAUUGUCUUGAAAAAUACAAAUGUUACUUUAGAGCUUUCAAAAUUUCUCUUUAAAUAUUGAUAAUGACUUGUCUCAGACUGUGACAGUGGGAGACAUUUUUAUUUUUCUAUAAAACAAUGCAACUUACAUUUAGCUAUGAUCUAGCUAAACUCACUUGAGACUAAACUAUAGGUAAGUCACAUUAAACAUGUUCAAAAUAAUGUAAUUCAUACUUGGAGAAAUUCAGCUAUUCUUGCUGUUGUCAAAACAAAAAACCUGAGGGUAGUUGUGGACUUUUACCCUUUUUCCUAACGAGAUAAUCACCAACUCCUAUACUAUUCCACCUCCUAAAAUCUAUCAGCUAUUCUUUUUGCCUUUAUCCCAGGACUACUGCCUUAGAUAAGACUUUCAUCAUUUCUCCCCUAGAUUACAGAACCUCUCCAAUCUGCUCCAGUUCAUUCUUCCCACCACUUCUAGGCUGAACAUCAAAAAACAGCUUGAAAAUGCCUCAUACUGCUUAAAAUCUUUGGCCAGUUUGGAUCUAUUGAUGGAGCACUUUAAGUAAAAAUGAGAAACUGUGUUUCAAGAAAGAUACUUAGGAUAUGAAAUAAUGCUGACUAUGUUAUAAGUGGAAAAGCUGGUUAAAAAUACUUGCAUUUAAAACGUAUCAGGAAAUGAAAUGGAGUUAUCAAAACAGCUUUUAAAAAGAUUUAAAAUUCAGAAGUAAUUAAUAGAUUUGGAAGGUGCAGGUGAGGAAAUAGCUCUGAAAGUAGAACUCAGGAAGUGAGAAAAGGUAAAAGCCACAGAAGAUAUAUAAAGGAGUCUAAUAUCAGAUGUAACAGUUUUAAGAAGUGAAAUAAAACUUUUAAAGGAGGAGGAGAGAGAUUAUUAAAAUGAAAUAACAAAAGAGGGUAUCCCAGAACUUCAGUCUUCAGAUUGAAAGGCCCAUAGUGUCAAGUAUAAGCAGGACAAAGACCCAGGCCAAGGCAUAGCACUGUGAAGUUUCAAGUUUCAAACUCCCAAGAAUAAAGAGAAGAUCUUAGAAGUUUCCAAAAUGGGGAAAAAAAAACAGUCAUUUAGGAACAAGAGUAACAUCUACAUGAGACUCCUCUUUAGCAAAUCUUAGUGACAAAAAAUGGUGGAUUGAUGUCUUUACAUUUCUAAGGACAAAUUCCUGGGAUCUGAACUUAAUGCUCUCCAAACUCAUGAAGCAAAUAGAUAACAAUAAAUCUUUUUGAGAUGUCCCUUGCUAAGUGAACAUUUCCUACUUGCUCUCUGAAACUCAGGAACCAAAUAUCUAACAAUAUCUAUUGGUAACCAAACACAUUGGUGAGCCCAGGAAAUAAAAGAUUUGCAUUUCAGGAGACAGUUCCUUUCCCAAGCUACAAUUAUAUGACUGGUCAAACUGCCCUCGUAUAUGAAGGUAAAAACAUUUUCAGAUGUACAAAAUUUAAAACAUUUUAUGUCACUUUUUAAAAGGAUCCUAUAUGAUGUACUCCACAAAAAAUAAGGAAGUGAAUCAAGGAAGACAGAAGAUACCAGAAAUCAGGGCACCAACCCAGCAUAGUAGCAGGGCAACAGCUUGUUAGCAGGCUCACAGUAUUCAGUCCAGACUGGAACAAGAGGGCAAGAGAUACUAGGAGGGAGAUGUCCAAGUAGACAAAUGAGCAGAUAUGUUACCCCAUGCAUUCAACAAUGUGGAAAGUGGUAUAAGUGAAUUAAAACUCAUCAGUUAAAACACUCAUUGAAAAUUAUUUAAAAAUAAAAGUUUUAAGAUUUAAAAGUAAAUAAGAUUAACUAAAAAGACAGGUUAAAAAAUAAGAGUGAGGAAAGGUGUAUACAAACCUACAAAGUGGGAGUAAAUAUUUGCAAAUAAUGUAUCAGAUAAGAACUUGUAUCCCAAACCUUUUUUCUUUUUAAAGGGGGAAAAACUUACCACUCAAUAGUAAAAGGCAAUUAACCCAAUUUUUUAAAUGGUCAGAGGAUCUGAAUAGACAUUUCUCCAAACAAGAUAAACAAAUGGUCAAUAAACACACAAAACAAGAUGCUUAACAUCAUUAGUCAUCAGGGAAAUGCAAAUCAAAACCACAAUGAAAUACCAAUAGGAUGGCUAUAAUAAAAGAAGUAUUGGUACGGAGGUAAAUAUCCUGCUACUAGGAAUGUAAAAUGGUAUUGCUGCAGUCUAGCAACUCAAACAUUUAAACAGUUGCCAUUUGACCCAACAGUUCCACUUAUAGGUAUAUCCUGAAGAGAACUGAAAACAUAAGUCCAUACAAAACUUGUACAUAUAUGUUCAUAACAGCAUUAUUCAUAAUAACCAGAAGGUGUUACCAGUCUGAAUGUCUCAGUUGAUGAAUGGGUACAUUAUGCUAUUUUCAUGUAAUACAAUGUAUCAUUCAGACAUAUACAUACUACAAUUUAGAUGAAUCUUGAAAAUAUGCUAAGUGUAAAUAGCCACAAAGACCACAUUAUUAUAUGGUUUCAUUUACAUCAAAUAUACAAAAUCUAUAAAGAAAGAAUAUAUAUUAAUGGUUGCCUAGGACUGGGAUGUUAGGGGGAAUAUGGGAGGUUUGGUGGAUGAUCACUAAAGGGUAUGAGAUUUCUUUGAGGGUGAUGAAAAUAUUCUGAAAUUGAUGGUGAUUAUGGUUGUACAAUUCUGAAUAUACUAAAAACGACUGAAUUGUACAUUUCAAGUAGAUAAUUGUAGUGAAUUUUAUCUGAAUAAAGCUAUUACCUGUG